AUGGAUUCGUGGGUUCGUUUCAAUGCUCAGAGCCAAGCCAAAGAGAAGCUUUUCAGGGCCGUGCAGUACGCCUGCACGUUGCUAGGCUACACGCUGCAGAAGGGCGGGGCGGGCGGCGAUCUCCUGACGAAGAUCAAACAGCUGGAGGCGCACGUGAGCCUGGUGCGGAAAUUAAUGCGGCUGGGGAACUCCGCGGAGGCGCUGGAGGCCGCCAAGCGGGCGAUCCACCUGUCGGACUGCGUGCUGCGGCUGUGCAUCACCGUGUCGCACCUCAACCGCGCCAUGUACUUCGCCUGCGACAACGUGCUCUGGGCCGGUAAGACGGGCGUGCUGCCCAAACUGGACCAGACCAAGUGGAGCCAGCGCUCCUUCAGGUACUAUCUCUUCGCCCUGAUCCUGAACCUGACGCGCGACGCCUACGAGGUCAAGCUGCUGAUGGAGCGCGAGUCUCGGAGUGGCGGCGGGAAGGGGGCGUGGCCCAGCCCGUCGGCCCCGCCCCCGGAGGCUGGGGAGGAGCUCCGGAGCCCCGCCCAGCGCUUCCCGGGCCCCGCCCCCGUGAGCGCCCUGACCAACCGGCUGCAGCGGGAGCUCCGGCUGCUGACGACCGUGCUGCGCUGCAACCCGCCCCUCCUGCUGGACCUGGUCAGGAACCUGUGCGACCUGUUCAUCCCCCUGGACCGGCUGGACCUGUACCGCACCGGGCCCGGGUUCGUGGGGGCCUGUGGCCUGACAUCGUCCGUCCUCUCCCUGCUCACCAUCCUGUACCCCUGGCUCAAACUCAAACCGUAA